AUGACAAGGAAUCCUUCUAUCAGCCAACUACCUCACAAAUGGCCAGACUUGAUUCAGAUGCUAGAGGUAGGGUGUGGAAGACUGAAAGUUACAAAAGUGAGGUGGGAAUUUCCUCAACCAGGGUGGUUUUUAUUUAAUACAGAUGGGGCCUCAAGGGGGAACCCUGGUAGGAGUGCCUAUGGAUUUUGUUUCAGAAAUAAUGAAGGGGAUCCAAGAUGGGAUCUGAGAUAUGCUUAUGCUAUAGAGAUUGGAAUAACUACUAAUAUUGAUGCUGAGGUUAUGGCAAUUCUGCAUGCCAUGAGAUAUUGCAAAAAUGAGAAUCUGGACAAUAUUAUAGUCCAAACUGAUUAUGAAAUAGUGUACAAGAUUCUACAGGAAGGGUGGAAACCUCCUUGGGGGAUAGCAAGUUGGAUAGAGGAGAUUUUGGAGCUAAAAGUUAAUAGGACUAUUCUAUUUAGUCAUAUCCUGAGAGAAGGAAACAAGCUGGUAGAUGCUAUAGCUAAUCAAGCAGUAGAUGAAGCCAAUGUUGAAUGUCAUGGCUUCCAGGACCUAAGUUCAACAUGUAGAAAGAUCCUCAACAGUGACAAAACUCAGAUUCCAUAUCUGAAAGUGAGGAUACAAAGAUAG